UUCCGGCGUGUGCGCGGGGCGCGAGGCUGCCUCCGCCGACCCCUCUUGCCCCUCUUUGCCGUCCCCGGCUCGUGACCCCGGUGGCGUCUCGUCUGUGGCGAGAGAGCGGGGCCGGCCCGGCCCGGCUCUGACCUGACCCGGGAGGUGACCUUGGUUGUCCACUGCCGCCCCGAGCUGUGGCUUCCCCCGCCCCCUGUCCGGCGGUCGAGCGCUUGAGGGCACAGACCGAGCGCGGCCCCACAGGCCGCCCGGAGGCGGGGGUGGCCCUGGGAGAUGCCCCUUCAUGUGAAGUGGCCGUUCCCGGCGGUGCCGCCGCUCACCUGGACCCUGGCCAGCAGCGUCGUCAUGGGUCUGGUGGGCACCUACAGCUGCUUCUGGACCAAGUACAUGAACCAGCUCACGGUCCACAACAAGGAGGUGCUAUACGAGCUCAUUGAGAACCGAGGCCCCACCACCCCCCUCAUCACGGUCUCCAAUCACCAGUCCUGCAUGGACGACCCUCAUCUCUGGGGGAUCCUGAAACUCCGCCACAUCUGGAACCUGAAGUUGAUGCGUUGGACCCCCGCGGCCGCUGACAUCUGCUUCACCAAGGAGCUGCACUCGCACUUCUUCAGCCUGGGCAAGUGCGUGCCAGUGUGUAGAGGGGACGGCGUCUACCAGAGGGGCAUGGACUUCAUCCUGGAGAAGCUCAACCAUGGGGACUGGGUGCACAUCUUCCCAGAAGGGAAGGUGAACAUGAGCUCGGAGUUCCUGCGCUUCAAGUGGGGAAUCGGGCGCCUGGUCGCCGAGUGCCGUCUUGACCCUGUAAUCCUGCCGCUGUGGCAUGUCGGAAUGAACGACGUCCUGCCUAACAGCCCGCCCUACUUCCCCCGCUUCGGCCAGAAAAUCACCGUGCUGAUUGGGAAGCCCUUCAGUGCCCUGCCAGUGCUGGAGCGGCUCCGGGCGGAGAACAAGUCCACGGUAGAGAUGCGCAAAGCCCUGACCGACUUCAUCCAGGAGGAGUUCCAGCGCCUCAAGACACAGGCGGAGCAGCUGCACAACCACCUGCAGCCCCCGUGCUAGGUGCGCCCGCUCCAAGCAGCCGCUCGCCCGCACAGAGCGGGCCGCACGCAGACUGGUGCUUGGAGUUUGGACUUCGUGUUUAAGAUUUCGUUGAUUGCCUGUACAGGUGUCCUCUCCUCGCGGUGGGCACCCCCAUUCCCCUGCAGUUCUCCCACGGGCCUCAGCGGCUCCUCUCUCACUUGGCUAGAAAGAGAGGAAGAAACUUAGGCCCAGCUGCCUUCCUUCCUGCCUCAGCCAUUCUCUCCUGGGGGCUGGAGUCAGAAGGGAGGGAGAGGAAAGAGGGCGGGUAGCCCUGUCAAGCUUCGGGCAGGGGUCCACAAAGCCCCUCGGUCUGGCUUCCACCUGCCCACCUGCCCAGGAGCAGCUCACCGCCUCAGGGGUGGCUGCCAGCCACUUCUUUCUUCGGCCCACGCUGGCCACGUUUGUGGGAGCCUCGGAUGGGUCCAGGCCCUGGACUGCAGGCAGAAAAGCCGACCUUUGCCAAAAGUCAAGCCCAGCUGAACAGAGCCUGCAGCGAGGGCCCGAGACCCUAAGCCUUGGCCAUUGGUCCCCAUGCUGGGGCCCAGCAACUUCUCCACCCUUUCUACCUCCCUGGCAUCACUCCCAUCUCCUGGACCUGGGUUUCCCUGUUUUGUAAACAAUAAAGCAUCUGUGUUGU